AGGAAGGAACUGAAAAUUGAGCACAAAGGCCCUACUGUCUUGCAUUGUGACAACAAAGCAGCCCAACAAAUUGCUGCUAAUCCUCUCUUUCAGGAGAGGAAAAAGCACAUAGAAAUAGAUUGUCACUUAGUAAGGCAGGAAGUUCAAGAGAGAAUCAUAAAGACAACUUACACUUUGAGCAAAGAACAAACUAACAUUUACAUUCCACCUUAAGGGGGAGUAUCAAGAUUAGUUAGUAAGGUGUAGUGUUAAUUAGAAGUUAGUUGGAAGUUGGUUAGUUUGUGUUUGCUCUUGAACUGUGUAUUAAUACUGAUUGUACUCAUUCAUUUUCAUAAAUGAAAUUUAGAAUAUAUAUUUCAUUCUCUCUCUCUCUCUCUCUCCUAAAACUAAAAAUAUAUAUUUAUGGGAAAUAUGGAUAUGGAUAUUGCAUAUGCUCUAGCUUAUAGGAAAAACAGCCAUUACUGAACAGGGAUAUCCCUCUCUCACUCAGUCACUCUCAUUGAAAAUAUUAGGACUAAGAAAGUAGAUCCCUUUACCUCAAUAUAUUUCUACAAAUUCAAUUUUAAGGCGCAUCAGAUCAACAAAAAAUAGGAAAUGAGUCGAUUUCAAGGUCCUUCGUCUUUGAAACGUAAACAGCAAGAGUCUAGUUCACCAUUAGAUUCUCUGUCAGAGCAAGAGCGAACCGUUUAUAAUGUAAUCAAAAGCAAACAAGAUAUGGGAAUAUGGUCAAGAGAUUUGAAGAGAGAGACUAAUCUUCUUGACAAUAUAGUCAACAAAUGUAUGAAAAUCCUUUUAGCCAAAAAGCUAAUCAAAGAAGUUGUCACCAAAAACAAGGGGAAAAAACACUUCAUGGCAGCUGAGUUUGAGCCCUCUAAAGAAAUCACUGGUGGGAAUUGGUAUGUCGAUGGGAGUUUGGAUACAGAGUUCAUUAACUUGUUGAAAGAUCAGUGUUUUAAGUGGAUUUACAAGAUGAGAGUUGCUACAUCGGAGGGACUUUCAGAUGCGAUUCGAAGGAGUGGGAUCUUUAAGGUUGAGUUCACUAGCCAACAGAUUGAGGAGAUUGUUAGAGCAUUGGUUUUGGAUAACAAGAUUGAGGAGGUGAAUAGUAAUGGAAUGGGAGAGUUUGAUUAUAUUCCAGUUGGGAAAGUUUGCUACAAAUGUAUAAGCAGUGAAGGUAAAGGAGAGCCCAAGUUAGGAGCCAUGGCUUCUAUCCCAUGUGGAGUUUGUACCAGGAUCAGUGAGUGUGCUCCUGAUGGUGUCAUCUCUCCCAAAACCUGCAUUUACUAUGAAAAAUGGUUGGACUUUUGAGUUGAUUAUAUAUAAAAUCUCAGGGAUAGAAACCUUAGCCAAAGGUAUACAUUCAAACCUUUUUAUAUAUAAUAAGAGUGAUGUUCACCUCCGGCUUAAUAGUCAUUUAUAAUCUAGUUUUUGAGUUGCUUCAUAAGGAGUGAAUUGUAAUUUUACAAAGUAAUGUUCACCUCCCACUUAAGUCAUUUAUAACUUUAUUUUUGAGCUACUUAUG